AUGGAGGAGCAGGUCGCGAAUGCCAUAGAAAUCGCCGGCAACCCAGCUUCGGACCAGGCGCUCAAGGCGCAGGCCUUCGACUACAUCAGCCAGCUUCGCUCAGACCCGUCAGGAUGGCAGCCGUGUCUCUCGAUCUUCACAAAGUUCCCCCGUCACUCGGAGAUAGUACGGCAUGUGGCCCUGGAGAUUGUCAACAGCGCCACGCAGUCUGGCCAGGUGGAUUUGCAAGGGCUCGGGUUCAUCAAGGAUAGCCUCAUGUCCUACUUGCAGGAGAUGUAUGGGGCCGGGGCCACGAGCGAGCCAGACCAGGCGAAUAUACAGAACAAGAUUGCCCAGACGAUUACCUAUCUCUUUUCUGCCCUCUAUGCCAACGGAUGGGACACCUUCUUCGAUGAUAUCCUGCGCCUGACCUAUAAAUCGCCUGAGAACCAAGUCCGGGACAAUGUUCUGGGCACCAUCUUCUUUCUCCGUGUUAUCAAUUCCAUACACGACGAGAUCGGUGACGUCCUGCUCUCACGUUCACGGGCCGAGCAGGACAGAGCAAACACGCUGAAAGACCUCAUCCGGGAGAGAGAUGUGCAGAAACUAGUCAACUCGUGGCAGGAGAUCCUUACGCAGUGGCAGGACCAAGACAAUGUCAUCACGGCCAUGGUGCUCAAGGCAAUCGGCAGCUGGGUCAGUUGGAUCAAUAUCUCCCUGGUCGUCAACCAGGGCAUGCUCGACCUCCUAUUCCACCAGCUCGCAAAGGCCAAGGAUGUAAGCCUGAAUAAUGGAGGGGAAAGGGUCCGGGAUGCCGCCAUUGACGUCUUUACGGAGAUCGUUGGAAAGAAGAUGAAGCCCUCUGAUAAGGUGGACAUGAUCGUCUUUUUGAACCUCGAGAGCAUCGUCUCUCAGCUUUCUACCAGCCCGCCUCUGCACGAAUACCGAUUCACCUCAAAAUAUGACACCGAUCUAGCUGAGACCGUUGCCAAGCUUGUAAACAUCACAGCAUUGGACAUCGUCAAGGCACUUGAAUCCGAGGGGGUUGAUGCUGCCACCAAGGAAAAAGCCGAAGCCUUGCUACAGGCCUUCCUGCCCCAUGUGUUGCGUUACUUCUCUGACGAAUAUGAUGAGAUAUGCUCGACAAUUGUCCCUUGUGUCAAUGAUAUGCUUACUUACUUCCGAAAGGUUGCAAAGAAGAACCCCGAAUUGGCAUCUCAGCAGAAUCACAUGUUGCUACCAAUUCUCAAGGCCAUCAUUCAAAAAAUGAGAUACGAUGAGACGUCGAGCUGGGGAAGCGAGGAUGAUCAGACAGAUGAAGCAGAGUUCCAGGAACUACGACGGAGACUCAACGUUCUGCAGCAGAUAAUUGCAUCAACCAACGAGCAGCUCUUUAUAGAAGCCGUUACUGAUGUACCCAAUAAUCCUGCCGCAGAGCGCCUCAUUGAAAUGAUGUUGGUCAUGGUCGAGUCCGGUGAGUGGCUUGUCACAUAUUCGUGGCUCAAAUUUUUCCGGAUUGUUACUGACAAUAACCCCCUAGAUGUCCGCUCGUUCAACCACCCAGCCACACAGCUGCAAUACAUGGAAAUAUGCGUGCGGUAUAGCGCAUUUUUUGAGCACCAUUCCCACCUUCUUCUAGGUGUUUUAGAAGGAUUCCUCCGUCUUGCCCAUCAUCAGAUGCUCAAGGUUAGGACCAGGUCGUGGUAUCUAUUCCACCGCCUUGUAAAGCACCUUCGCGCUUUUGUGGGAAAUGUUGCGCAAACGGUCGUCGAAGCUCUUAGUGACCUCCUCACAAUUAACGCUGAGGUACCUGGUGAUAACUCAGAUGGUGACGACCUAUCUUCUGAGGAUAUCGGCGGAUCUCGAGACACAGUUUUUACUAGUCAACUAUACCUUUUCGAGGCCAUUGGAACCAUCUGUUCCACUGCUUCGUCGGUUGAAAAGCAGGUGUACUUUGCACAGUCAAUUAUGAAUCCCAUCUUUAUGGACAUGGAAAAGAACUUACCUGCUGCUCAGGCGAACGAUGAGCGUGCCAUUCUGCAGAUUCACCAUGAUAUCAUGGCUCUUGGUACCCUUGCCAAGGGCUAUUCUGACUGGGUGCCAGGAUCAACUUCCCCCCAAACACCACCUCCUCCAGAGGUGUCAGAAACAUUUGGACAAGUAUCGGAGGCAACCCUAGUUGCUCUCGAGUCUUUGAAAAAUUCGUUCACCAUUAGGACUGCGGCUCGAUUUGCAUUCUCCAGGUUAAUCGGUGUUAGAGGGUCGAGAAACCUACCACAAUUACCUAGAUGGAUCGAUGGCCUGCUUACCCCUACCUCCUCAAAGGAUGAGAUGGCACUAUUCCUUCGGCUCUUGGAUCAAGUUAUCUUCGGCUUCAAGUCCGAAAUAUACUCCAUUCUCGAUACGCUGUGGACACCUUUCCUUCAGCGAGUGUUUUCCGGUAUUGCUGAGCCGAUAUCGGGUACGGACGACGAGAUUCAGCUAGCUGAGUUGAAACGCGAGUACCUCAACUUUUUGCUUAUGAUACUGAACAAUGACCUUGGCUCUGUUAUCAUCAGCAGCUCAAAUCAAUCUAUCUUUGAGACCGUCAUAUCAACUAUCGAGCACUUCGCCAAGGAUGCGGAUGAUUUCCCAACAGCCAAAAUGGCGUUCCUUGUACUGGCUCGGAUGUCGAGUCUUUGGGGAGGCCCUGAUAUUGUGGCUCCAGUAAAUGGCACUAACACCACCCAACAAGAAACCGCCUUACCUGGGUUCGCUCAGUUCAUGAUUACCCGCUUCUCUCCUCUCUGCUGGGCACUACCAAUGAAUUCAUCAUUUAAUUCCAAAGACGCUCAGGCAAAGCAAGUUCUUGGCGAAGCAGCAGCGAUGCAAAAGGUAAUAUACUCAAAAACUGGACCUGAGUAUCUCCAAUGGCUCCGAACUUCCGAGUUACCGGGAAUGGGGAUGGGUGAAGACCUUAUCAAUGAAUAUGUAUCAUCUUUAGAACAGCUAGACGUAAAGGCUUUUCGACAGUUUUUCCAGCGAUUUCCUCCAUCUGUUCCAUUUAUCCCCUCGUCUAUCACAUCUGAUCGAACAAAUGUUGAUGAAAGCCAUCCCUUACCACCAAAAUAA